GAUAAUUGUCGCGCCGCUUGUUAUUUCUUCAAAACGCGUGGAUUUCACGUUUGUAGUAGGAACAUUAGAUAUAAUAAGAUUUAAUUUUAUUCAUACGAUAUUCAGCGUUUUAUAAAAAAUGGAGUUUUUGGAGUAUAAUGAUGUCUCCGCCGAAAUAAAAGGCAACAUGGUCCACGGAAGGUUAAAGAUGACAGACCAGAACAUAAUAUUCAAGAACAGCAAGACUGGCAAGGUUGAGCAGAUAAACGCCAGCGAUAUUGAGAUUGUGAAUUUCCAGAAGUUAGUGGGCUCCUGGGGCCUCAGGGUGUUCAUGAAGAAUGGCACGCUACAUAGAUAUGGUGGCUUCAAGGAAGGGGAGCAAGAAAAAGUGGCAAAGUUCUUCAAGAACAACUACCACAAAGACAUGUUGGAAAAGGAAUUGUCCCUCAAGGGAUGGAACUGGGGGACGGCGAAGUUCAAUGGAGCAGUUCUCAGCUUCAACGUGGGGUCUAACACAGCCUUCGAGAUCCCACUGCACUAUGUGUCUCAGUGUAACACCGGCAAGAAUGAAGUUACACUUGAGUUUCAUCAGAACGACGACACCCCAGUAUCUCUAAUGGAGAUGCGCUUCCACAUCCCGACGAGCGAGUUAGCCGGAGACAUGGACGCAGUGGACGCGUUCCACCAGCAGGUCAUGAACAAGGCCUCCGUCAUUUCCGUCUCCGGGGACGCCAUCGCCAUCUUCCGCGAGCUACAGUGUCUUACACCUCGUGGUCGCUACGACAUCAAAGUGUUCCAGACAUUCUUCCAACUGCACGGUAAAACGUUCGACUACAAGAUCCCGAUGUCAACCGUCCUGCGUCUAUUCCUUCUACCGCACAAGGAUAUGAGACAAAUGUUCUUCGUGGUCUCUCUCGACCCGCCCAUCAAACAGGGACAGACGAGAUACCACUACCUCGUGCUUCUGUUUGGCAAUGAAGAGGAAACUAGCUUAGAACUACCAUUCACUGAAGAAGAACUAAAAGAGAAGUACGAAGGUAAAAUCAGUAAAGAACUGUCAGGGCCUACUUACGAGGUUCUCGCCAAGAUUAUGAAGGUCAUUAUCAACAGGAGAGUCACGGGACCGGGUGAUUUCUUAGGCCACCACAAGACGCCUGCUAUAGCGUGCUCAUACAAGGCGGCAGCAGGUUACCUGUAUCCUCUUGAGAAAGGCUUCAUCUACGUACACAAACCGCCAGUACAUAUUCGCUUCGAAGAGAUUGCUUCCGUCAACUUCGCUCGAGGUGGCGCCUCUUCUACCAAGUCUUUCGACUUCGAGAUCGAGUUGAAGACGGGCACUAUCCAUACGUUCAGCAGCAUCGAGAAGGGCGAGUACGACAAGCUGUUCGACUACAUCACCUCCAAAAAACUACACGUCAAGAACACUGGCAAGAAUGACAAAGCGCUUUACGACGACGAUUUCGGCGACUCGGACACAGAGAAGGAGCCGGACGCGUACCUGGAGCGCGUGAAGGCUGAGGCCAAGGAGCGAGACUCGGACGACUCGGACGGCUCGGACGAGAGUACUGACGAGGACUUCAACCCGGACAAGGCCAAGGAGAGCGACGUCGCUGAGGAGUACGACACUAACCCGUCGUCGUCAGAAGAUUCGGACGCGUCUGGCGCCUCCGGGGACAGCAAGAAGGAGAAGAAGAAAGAGAAGAAACCCAAGAAGACUAUCACUAUUUCGGAGGCGCCUCGCAAACGCAAAGAAAAAUCUAAAAAGCGUGAGAAAGACGUGAACGCGCCGAAGCGAGCGGCGACCGCGUUCAUGUUGUGGCUGAACGAGAACCGCAAGAAGAUCGUCGAGGACAACCCCGGCAUCAAGGUCACGGAGAUCGCCAAGAAGGGCGGCGAGAUGUGGCGCGACCUCAAGGACAAGUCUGAAUGGGAAGAGAAAGCGGCGAAAUCGAAAGAAGAAUACAACCAAGCGAUGAAGAAGUACAAGGAGAGCGGCGCCGCGGACGAGUUCAAGCAGAAGAAGAAACAAGCGGAGAAGGAACGCAAGCAGGCCGAGAAGAAGACUUCUAAACCUCCUGCUAAAAAAGCGGCGAAGGCGAACACGAGCGGGUCGGGCGCGGGCGCCGGCUCGGGCAAGUUCACCAGCAAGGAGUACAUCGAGGACGACGACUCGAGCUCCGACGACGACAAGAAGAAGAAGGAUAGCAAAGACAGCAAAGAUUCAAAGAAAGAAAAGGAAAAGUCAAAAUCGAAGAGUUCCUCAUCAGAAGCAGAGGCGUCCUCGGGCUCGGAAGAGGAGAGCGGUAGCGGCAGCGAUUAGAAAGGAAUGCGAAGUUACUCACCGACUCUACAUACACAUAGACCUUUUUGUUUUGGUUUUCCCCGAAGGGCAAGGCAAAGGAAACUAUGCCCAUACAGCCAUGUCUUAUGUAUUUUUUUCUUAAUGAUAGGUAAUUAAUGAAAUGAUGAAAGGUGAUGAGGAUGAAUGAUGAAACCUAAGCCCCCACCCUCGGAUCAGACUCCUACGCCGAACCCCAAACGAAUUAACUCAGUCCGCAUAAAAUUUCAAGUUAUGAAGCGACUUGUUGGCACGAAGUGAAAAUAGAUAGGUACACUUUGUUUAUUGAAUAUUCCGAUAUAAUAACACUAUCGCGAAUGUUUUCUGACUAACUUAAUGCGAUCACUAACCAUAAAACACCACUUCGGAUUGAUUAUUUAGAUUAUUCAAUGAAGAAAGCAACCGUCCCGUUUCCGUUCCCGCCAAAAAAUCCACACACAGACCAUAAUUAUGCAAAAACUUUUUUAUAUAAUUUUAAACUUUUUUAAUAGUUUUAAGUUAAGUGUUUUUUUGUACAAUUAUGGUCUAAUGUAACAUAUACACACUCAUUAUAAUUGUUUUUUCUCGUGUAGAACUGCGUUUGAACAUUCUAAAGGCCCUGUUACACGAGCUUAGGCACGAGGCGUUGGUAUCUGACGGUGUAAUUACAGGCUGAUCACCUGAUUGUCCAAAAGUAAGAUGAUCCGUGCUUCGGAAGGCACGUUAAGCCGUUGGUCCCACUACUACUUACUGAUGUGAGUAGUGGUUACAUGAGCCAUGUCAGGGUCCUUUGGCGGCUCAAUAAUAACCCUGACACGAGGGUUGAUAAGGUUGGUAAUUCAUAUCACAACCCACGCGAUAGAAGAAGUGUAAUAAUACAUCAAGUGGGCAGGGCUACGAUUUCACCAUACAUUUAAUAUACCAACGCGACGUAUCGUGUAACGUAAUAAGGGUAACCCCUGUUUAAUGGUAUGGAACCCUUCUAUGUAAAUCCCGUCAAUUCGUAACUAUGUUCCCAUAAUGUUGUUUCUGUAUUUAUUUUAUUAACUUGUGGAAGCUUUGUCUUUGUGUGUAAAUAGAUACUCUUGUAUUGCCCACUUUAUUAAUAAAUGUAAAGAGAAAAAUACCACGCCUCCUACCGCACAGGGCAAUUAUGUAUUGUCUUUUAUAAAAUACUAAGUUUCCAUACACUUAUUGUCCGCGCGUAUGAAUAAUAAAUAUUGAAUGUAGUCCCUAAUAUGACACAGGACGAUUACCUAUUUGUUGUCCUGUCUAAUGAAAUCUCAAAAUCCAUAAACUCCUAAUAUUAAGUUGUAUUGUUUGUUAUGUGCUAUUUUUUUUUUGUUUUUUUCGUAAAGCAGUGAACAAUUCAGUUAUAUCCACAACUUUUGUAUAACAUUGUGAUAUUUGUCAGUGUAUUCCAUUCCCAAUGAUAAUAUUAUGUACCUAAUAAUGUUUUAUUGUGUUGAAACUGUAAAUAUAGACUUAAAUACCUUGUAAAAUCCCAUUCGAUAUGGUAUGGUUAAAUCCCACAAAACUAGUAAGUUAAUGUUAGUCGUUUUAAGUAUUAUUGUAAGUAUUUUUAUUAUAGUACUAUGUUUCAUAA